GAACAAGCCAAGUGGCAUUUUUACAAACACUGUGCAGCUCACAGCUGCGGCUGUGUUACACAGCAGCAAGUCAAAAUAGUAUAUUAAGAAUAACUAUUCAUAUUAUAGUUUUUGGCUUUGCUGUUUGCCAUGAUCAUGAUUGAAGACAGGUUGAGCGCGAUGAAAGGGACUCAAACUUUAUAUCUGCUUUUUAUCUCAGGAUUUUGCUUGUCUGCACUGGGAUUUUCGGAUUUUCACGUUAUUAAUAUUUCUAUGAAGUACGCAGUAGCAAAGAACUAUUGCAGAGAAAUGUACACUGAUUUAGCUACAGUUCACAACUCAACAGAAAUGAAUCAGUUGAUAACCUUAGUUUCCAGUACAGUUCAAAGAGCUUGGAUAGGACUGGAGACUGGAAAAGUGUGGAUUUGGCAUUGGUCCCUGCCAGAUAAAAAUCUGGAUUUUUUUAAAUGGAAGGAUGGACCACCACAAAUAAAAAACAAAGAUGAGUGUGCAUUCAUGGAUAAACAUGGCGAAUGGAUCGUAAGUGACUGUAGGACUAAAAAAAGAUUUGUUUGUCAUGGAAACAAGGUUACUACUGGUCUAAUUAUUGUAACUGAGGCCAAAUCAUGGAGGGACGCUCAGAAUCACUGCAGGGACUUGUCGUCUGAUCUCAUUAGCAUACACUCAGCAGAAGAGAAUGAAGCAGUACAUGAUUUGUCUGAGUCGCAAAACGUGUGGAUUGGCCUCUUUAAAGAUUCCUGGAAGUGGUCUGAUGGGAGCAUGUCAUCAUUCCGUUAUUGGUUACCUUCUCAGCCUAACUACUUCCAAGAUCAGAAUUGUACUACAGUUGUUUUCAAAAAUCAAGGCAAGUGGAAUGACCUGAAAUGUGGAGGAAAGCGCAGUUUCGUUUGCCAAGGGGCAAGAAAAUCAAUUCCAACAACCACACAUCAAAGUACAGAGGGGACGACAGAAGAUCUGACAACCUUUUAUUCAUCAAUCAAUUCAUCUCAACAGGUCAUAAUUACUUUUCAUUUUAAUGUGGCUCCUAAUAGUUCACACACUUCUAACGUUGCCACGGAAGAAACAACAACUGCCAAUCGUUUGACAACACAAAAUACCACAGAUCUUGUGACAAGCACGUCAAGCACUGAGCUCAACAAUGCAACUACAGAAAUGUCAGCUGUGGCAGCAACACAGCAAACUCCCACAACUACCGCACUCGUAACUACAGAGGGUAUCUCAACACUGAUGGCGACCUCAGCCGGGACCACUUCACCGUCCUUAACUCUAAAGCCCACUGAAACCAGUCACAGUUUGCUCACAGGAAACCUGAUACUAGUCCGGAUAAAUAUGACAUGGAUUGAAGCUCUGGGUUACUGCAGGGACCACCAUAUUGACCUCAUCCACAUCACCACCAAAGCUAUUCAGGGGAAGGUGGCUGAAAUAGCAAAGAAAGCCACAUCACCCCAUGUUUGGCUAGGUUUACGGUACACUUGUAAAUUUAACUUUUGGUUCUGGACAAAGUCAACUAAGAGUUGUUACCAGAACUGGGCCCCUGGACAAGGCCCUAAAGGGAAAUAUGACUGUGGUGAUACGGGUGCCAUUGAUGCCACUGGGAGGCAGCAGUGGGUAGGCUUGCCUGAGACAGAACAACUGAAUUUCCUCUGCUCCACAUGCAAGGAGUGAGUGUGGAGUAACUUCAGAAGACAAUGUUGUUGUUGCAGUAUGUCUGUAUGCUGUAUGAAAAAAAACGACACUGUUCUGGCUAUACAAACUUUGUGGCAGAUAUUUGUUCAACAUUAAAUAUAAGUUGUUUUCA